AUGUGUCCCCCCGAUCCCUGGAAGCCCGACCCGCUCGUCGAGAGCCCCAAGACUGCCGAAGCCGCCGCGGCGGCCGCCGAUGGCCCCGCUUACUCCAACGCUACAGCCGAAGGCACACCGCUCCACGUCCCGGGCCUCCACGGGGUACCCGUCUUCGCCCCUCUGCCAGGCCGCGGUGGCAUUGUCAUUGGCUUUAGGCACGCGGCCCUAGAUCUGGCCGCCAUGUGCGUCGAUCGCGUGCUGGCGCGCGAGGUCGCCAUGCUGCGCGUGAUGAACAACAUCACCGACCGCCCGGGCUGGCAGCUGGACGUGGACGACAAGGCGUUCUGGUCGCUCUGGAAGCGGGAGGAGCGGGAGCCGCUCAUGAGCGAGGAGGCGUGGCGAUGGUGUCAGGCCGAGCUGACCGAGAAAGCGAAUGUUUUCGACGAGGUGAAGGGCACCUACGUGCUCGAAGCAGGGAGUCGGGUAUUCAAGUCCGACACCGUGGUGUCAAAAGCUCUGCAAGAUGACAUCGCCGCAGCCGUGAAGCGCGUCAUGGACGAGUACGGAGUCCGCAACUUGUGCAAGACAGAUGAAAAAACAAAGAAGGCCGAACUAGUCACACAUAUCGUCGACCCGUCCCUCUAUCCGCUCAUCUACGGCCGAACCCCGGUCUUGAUGAAGGGCGGAUGCGUGUCUUUGGAAGGCAGCUUCGCCCCUCCGCACGUCAUGCCUGGAGUUUCCCCACGUGUUGAGCGGGCUAUAGACGAUGGAUGGAAGAAUGAUGGUUUCAUCUGGCGUGGUAGAAGGGCUGUGUAUCGCCACGGAACCCGCUUCUCGGACGAGUUCCAGUGGCUACCGUGCGAGGUGUCGUUCGUCGGGGAUCCAAAUAGCACAGACGUGCGCAUCACGUCGUGCAUCAACAAUCUUCAUCCGGUCAAGCACAAAGCUCUGUAUGAGGCAAUAGAGAAUAUCAUUGGGCUAUCGAUUGAGCCAUGGAACUGUGUCCUCAUGCCCCGGGAGCUCACGUCAAAGAAGAGGAUCGAGAGAGGCGAGGGAGCCAUCGUCAACCACGAGAACCAGCCAAGUUGGUGGACAGAUCUCCUGCAAGGAAACACUGACUCGCCCAAACACAGGGCUUUGUUGCAGAAGGCAAGACGAUACAUCGGAUCAUGGCGACGCGUUCGACCAGAGACCUUUCGGCACACUUCUAACACCAUCAAAGACGAGAGGCUGAAAGAGAUUGCGCAGGAGAAGUGGGAGGCGCAACAUGCCAUACACCCACCUGUCAACGUCGACCUCUACCCAGAAUGGUGGACCCAUCACAACCCGAACAAUACCCCCCUCCGACUGCAGUCCGAGUUCCGCGACCUGGGUCUCCAAGUGAUAGUGCAGCUCACCUCCAUCGACCUCAACAAGGAUAACCCGCGAUACAACGGCUCCCCUUGGUCAUUCGCAGGUACCCUCAACGACAAGAUUGUAGCUUGCACGACCUACUGCCUCUCCACAUCCAACAUCACGCCUUCUCGCAUCACCUUCCGACAGCGCACGCCGGAGCUCAAGGACACCACCACCGCGGAGGAGCAAAUCUUGGGCGCCGACUUCCCCACCGCCGGAAACAACUUCGAUGACAUGUUCCUGACCUGGCACAGACUGCACACACAGGAAACCGGCAGCGUGCUACUCCAGCCGGGCCGCAUGGUAUCUUACUCGAACUCGAUGCAGGCUCGCGACGAGGCCUUCGAGAUUAUCCACCCGUUCCGCCCCGGUCAUAGACGAUGCCUGACGGUGUACCUGGUGGACCCCAUGAGCCGGCUCUGCUCGACGCGCAACGUACCGGCUCAACGGCGAGACUGGCGUGAGGAGUGGACGGCCGAGGUACGGAGCGACUUGCUGGGCGUGUUGCCUCUCGAGCUUGUGGAUAUGAUCUUUGGGUAUAUCAACGAUGAAGGAUUGAUGGAUGGAGAUGAGGCCUGGAACAUAAGGAAGAAGGUCCAGGACGCACAUAACGGUGCGCAGAAUGCGGUGAUGGAGGAGCUACACUGGCCAAUCUUCGGUUAA